UCCGCUACCUUUACAACAGGACCAACUGCACACCUAUUAUACUGUUAUGUUGCAAGAUGUAAUUGGAAAGACUUUCCGACUUCUGGGAUAUACCAUUCAGUAUGGCUGCAUAGCCCAUUGUGUUUUUGAAUAUCUUGGAGGAAUUGUGAUGUGUACAGGACCUUCAAUGGAGCCUACAAUUCAAAAUUCUGAUAUUGUAUUUUCAGAGAAUCUUAGUAGCCACUUUUAUCGUAUUCAGAAAGGUGAUAUUAUCAUUGCAAAAAACCCAUCUGAUCCCAAAACAAAUAUUUGUAAAAGAGUAAUGGGCCUGGAAGGAGAAAAAAUCUGUACAAGCAAUCCCUCAGAUUUUAUAAAGACCCACAGUUAUGUACCUAAAGGACAUGUUUGGUUAGAAGGUGAUAAUCUCAAGAAUUCUACAGAUUCCAGGUGUUAUGGUCCUGUUCCAUAUGGAUUGAUAAGAGGACGAAUUUGCUUUAAGCUCUUUUCAGAACUUUGACAACUGUAUCACCAACUAAUUCCAGUGUGAAGAGCUUUUAGCUCGAGCCUGCUGAGCUCUGUGCCGAGCUCUGCGGCAAGUCAGAUCACCAGGAGAUGAUCCCGACAAGACGUCCAGUCGAGCAUUGCUCGCAGAGCCAGCUGGGGCAUUUGUGGAGCUAACCAGCGCUCCUGCGCUUCCGAGAUCGGCAAGAGCUUCAGCGCUUCACCGCUUACAGAGGGCGGCCGGCUGAAAGGUGAGCCUUGGACUGUCAUUAGACAGUCCCCCAGAACAAGACCCAAAGAUCGAGUCCCUUCCCGUUCCCUGGGCAUACUUACGAAUUGCCGCCUUUCUUUCCUUUCGCAACAGACCCCUUGAGGCAUGUCUACACGGCAGGAGCUUUAAAAUGGAAACCGCGCCUGCCGCUGUAAGCGGAGAAGCCACUUCAACAAGGAAGAGCCCGAACAGGGCAUGGAGAGUUGGAGUGGCUUCUGGGGCCUCGGGAUCGAGGCCCGCAAGCCAGAAAGCAGCCGCAAAGCUCUUAAAGAGGUCUAGGGGCAUGGCUACACCUACCAAGGCAGCAGAACGAGAGGCAGCAAGGUGCCAGAAGGCCAUCGAUUGGGAAGUGGCCAGGGAGCUGAAGGAGGCUGACCGCAGGAGAGCGCCUCCAGCCCUCAGUCAGGCAGUUUCCUGCCAAAAUGUGGGACAGCUGUUGGGCCAAAUUGAGGCACUUGAAAACAGGCCUCCACAGACUCUAUCUCCAGAUGGCGCUGGAGAGCAGCAUUCAAGAGCUGAAGCCAUUCUGCCCAGUAACAGUGAGUCACAGUCUGGGUCCCAUCCAGACCCUUUCUCUGCCUCUUCUGCCUGGCAAAAGCCUUCAAGGCAAAGGGUUUCAUCUAAGGAAGCGACCUUUACUCCGACCACAGUAGGAAUCCGCUCAGGGGAAGCCCAGGAAUUUCAAGUUCCUUCUGGCAUGGAAGCCUUAAUAUCAGAGGCUAUACAAAAGGGGAUAGCAGCUGUUUUACAGCAAAGCCAGAGCGCUGCUUCAGUUAGACCUGACUAUCCCUUGUCUCUAGAUCUCCCUCUGGUGCCUCAAGCUUCAGGGGAAUUUUUGCCCAUACAGGAACCAUACUCCCCUGCUUCCUCCAAUCAGUCACCCUCAGAGGAAGAGAUGCCCAGGGAGUUAGAGCUGUCAGAAGACGAGGGUUUAGCACCUGACCAGCCAGCUUUUGCUGGUCUUUUCCGGCCAGCCUUGUUUAAAUCCUUGCUGUACAAGGCUAGGAACACAGCACACAUCGCUGGCUAUUUGCCAGCUCCAGAGCCAAUUCCAGAUCCAGUGGAGCCUAUGGGCCCACUGUUUUUAGAACCAAUGGCAGAGGCUGAGGUGGUGCCUUCGCCCAGAUUAUUUUUGAAUGUGGUGCAAAGGCAGGGGGCCUCUCCAGGGGCGGGAGCAAAUCCCAGCUCACUGGACGAAAGGUUCUACAAUGUGGGCCCAGACUUGUCCAGGGCACUUCAGGUGCCUGCGGUGGAUGGCCCGGUGGCAGCGUUGGCCAUGCUAUCCAUAAUGGCCACCGCCUCUACAGUGACUUCCAGAUGACUCCUGUGGCUCCGCCAGUGGCAGGCGGAUACCAAACAUAAGUGGAGACUAGCCUCCGCCCCGUUCUCAGGGGAGUGGUUGUUCGGAGAGGCCUUGGAUCCAAUACUGGUCGAAUCGAAGGACAAACGUAAGGUCCUCCCUUCCCCUUCCCAGCAGACAGAUUUCCACCCCCAGCCUUAUUUCCUCCGCCAGUUCUUUAGAGGGCCAGAUACCGGGUUUGGGCCACAGAGACCACAGUGCCCCUUUGUGCAAAGGCAGGACCAGCAGCAGGACGGGGCGGGGAGGUAUAAGCAGCUCCCCCCUAAACAGCCCCUUUGAGGGGGAGGAAGCCGUUCUUUCAGGCAGCAGAAGUAAUUUCAACCCCGACUCCUAUUGGGGAAUGCCUGGCCAAAUUUGCCAGGCAGUGGGAGAGCACUACUACGGAUGCAUGGGUUCGGGAGACAGUCUGGUCAGGCCUCUCCCUGGAAUUCCUCUCCACACUCCCAAGGUUUUUUAUUCCCUGCCCCAUUUCGGGGAACAGGGUCAAACGUGGACUCAUGGAAACCACUAUUCAACAUCUGUUGGAGAUACAAGCGAUUCAGCCAGUUCUGGGGGAUCAACAGGAUGGGGUUCUAUUCCACCUCUUUGUAAUUUUGAAACCCUCGUGUGGGGGGGUGGGGGGUGGUACAGGGCAAUUCUGGACCUGAAAAUGCUGAACCGCCUUGUCAUCUACAAGCGGUUCAAAAUGCAUUCGCUUCAGUCCAUCUUGGAUGGCGUCAGAGAGGGUGACUUCCUCACCUCUAUCGAUCUCAGAGGCUUAUCUCCAUGUCCUGAUUUUUCCCGGCCAUAGGCAAUACCUAAGAUUUUUUUAUGCGGGCCGUCACUAUCAGUAUAUACUGCCAUUUGGCCUCUCUUCAGCACCCAGGGCUUUCACUAAGUUACUUGUUGCCCUGGCCGUGCACCUACGGGCUCUCCCUUUACUGGUCCAGUGCUACCUGGAUGAUAUUCUGAUCCAGUCCGCCUCCGAAAUCUGGGUGCAGGAGGAUCUCAGAAUCACCAUCCAGGUGCUUUAGGACCACGGGUUUUCUAUUCACCAAUACCCUACUUGGGACCUACUAAGGUACUGCAGGCACUGGCCGAGGUCCCAUUUGAACCACUGCCCCAGGUGGCAUUCCUGGUGGCCAUAACAUCGGCCAGGCGGAUAUUGGAGUUGGCGGCACUAUCCAUCCGGAGAGAUCUCUAUGUGUUUCAGACUAAUAGAGUGAUCUUGUUUGGACCCUUCCUUCAUACCAAACGUGAACUCGUGAUUCCACAGGGCCCAGGAGCUUAUCUUGCCCAAUUUCCGCCCCAAUCCAGUGUAUUCCUUGGAAUGAAAGUGGCACACGCUAGACAGGAGGAGGGCACUCUGAAUCUAUAUCAAAAGGUUUUCCUCAUUCAGGAAGUCGGAGUCGCUCUUUGUAUCAUUCCACCCCACCUCCUUAGGAGCCAAGGUCACUCCAUCGACCCUGGGCCGCUGGAUUCGGGUGUGUAUCUCCAAAUCUUAUGAGAUAUAGGUCCUUCCUUUGCCCAAGAGUAUAACGGCACACUCCACAAGGAGUGCAGCCACAAGUGCGGCGUUGUUGUGACCUAGGCUCACUUAGUCAUUACAGGACACAAUUAUUCUCAAACAAAACUAUUUUAUUAUAACAGCUGAGAAUUACUUCAUUUCCAUCUUAGUCCAAAUUAAUUCCAAAACAAGUCCUUCCGAAAAAGUCCUUCGGGCUUAUCACAAACCUUUAUCUUCUUUGGCACCCUGCCAAAGGCCUUUCUUGGCAAAGUCCCACAAAGUUCAGAAAUAAGAGAUGCCGACUGGGAAACAGAUUUAGCAACGUUGCUUUCCUACAGAGCCUAAGAACCUUUGCUGCUCUUUUAAGCCUUAUGGGAGGCAAUCAUCUCCUGGCCUUACUCCCGAGUUGUUUUAGCUGCUCUUGCUUUCUGGCAGCUUUGUGCAUGCAUGGACUAGGAAUAGGCUCCUCCUGUUCCUCUGCCUCUCUGCUGUCUGACUGUGGAAGCUCCGGAGUCCGCACAUCACUCUCAGAUCUCCCUGGCCCCAUCUCUGCCUCCAAUGCAGAGCCCUCGUCUGGGCUUUCCCCAGACUCCAGGACUGGCCCAUGCCUCCCCAGCCUCCUCACUGUCCGACUCCACUGCUAGCUCCGCGGGCUGCUGGCAGACCACAACAGGUGUGGGCAAUGCAAGCCUCCCUGGAAAAGGUUUGCCAUGUAGCUACAUGGUCCUCCUCGUCCCCUUUCAUCAAGCACUAUAAACUGAACAGCUAUGCCUUGGCUGAGGCGGCUUUUGGUAGGUGGGUCCUAUAGAGGGUGCAUGCGGAUGAGGGGACCUCGGACCAAGCUGCGGUCCACCCAUAAGGAUGACCGCUUUGGUAUGUCCCAUUCCUGGAUGCUAUCUCCACUUCAAGGGAGAAGGUAUCUUAUCUGAUACGCUCCUUCUCAUUGAGUGGAAAUAGCAUCCAGCCCCACCCUAGUGACUGGCUGGUCCUCAGUCCAUCAGGGGGAGAACUUCUGACCGUGGCAUGUCGAGUCUGUCUCUAUGCCUUCGCCAAAAGCUGGGGACCAUUGGUGUAGGCAUAUCCUUGCAGCUUUGACAGACUCAGUCCUAUUGGAUAACAGACAAGGACAACCCAUUCCUGGAUGCUAUCUCCAUUCAACGAGAAGGAGCGUAUCAGGUAAGACCAACGCCCCUUUCCACCCACUUUUUUGGGGGGGGAGUGCGUCUUAUAGUCCGAAAAAUAUGGUAAAUCUUACUUGUGCUACUAGCCUGUUUAAGAUGUUCAGUACACCGCAUUAACACUUCAGUUGAAAUAGAGAAAAGCUAAAGGAUGACUGAUGCUCAAUAUGUUAAGUAAUUGUUUGUUUUAUUUCACAGCUUUGGCCUUUGACGGAUUUUGGGUUUCUGCGUUCAAGUCCCAACAGUCACAGGAUUUGUAAAGGCUAAUUGAUUUAUGUUGUCAUCUUUUUUUAACCUUUCAAAUGUGAUUUAUAUUUUUAUAUUCAAUAAAUGAUGUAUCAAGAUUCAA